GUUUCGUUUCCUGAGUGAUGGGGCCCAGCUGAUUUCCGGUGUCUUUAAAUCGGCUGCCAUUAGCCGUCUGGUGUGUGUGUGUGUGUGUUUUCAAGCGGAGAAAAGCUGGGGGAAAAAAGGAUAUAGCCAGCCGCUGACAUGGUUUGAGACGCUGUCGUAAAAGAGAAUAUUAACGCUAGCAAAUUGGCUUUUCUUGUUUGGUUUGUGUCCUGUUCGUUAAAAACGUUGUUGCGUUGUUCGAGCUGCUUCCCGUUUCCUUGCAGUAAAUGCUAGCGAAAUCAGUGUUAUUGAUAAUUCGUGUUUCACUUGCCAGCAGUUAGCAGUUCCGGUUAUUCUUGUUUACGCUCACAACAUGUAAUAUCUGUAUGUUAUUUUUACAAGAAACUGUAAUUACGGGGAAAAAAAAACAAACCAUUCAAUUCCAAUACGUACUUCCUGUCUUACGAGUACACUACAGAUGGGAUUUGGAAAGAUAAGGCCUUCCCUGGAGUAUUACAGUUAAAUGUAUGUUUGUACUUCUGUUUAACGCAAUUGUGAAGAGUUACAUGUAGUUAGAGCGGAUCGUGUACUAACAGUGCACCUCCUUAUUAACCAACUGUAACAUUAUACAUUCCGAGCAGCGAUCAUUUGUAGGUAGCUAUACAGAAAUAUAUAAUACCGAUGGUACAUAUCGGGGUGUAUUUUGAAGUUAUUUGCACUUGUAUGUGUUCCGACGGUAGGCGACGAGUAUUUUCGUGCUCUGAAGUGUCCCGUAAGCGCCGGGCUGGUCAGUGCCAGGCGGUGUGACGCUGUGGCGGUACAAAUACAGCCUCAUUGUAAAUACUGUGCCUCUCCGAACAAAGAUCCAGACAGACCUGAAAAUCAACGACAUGACCUCACACCACGACCCAGACACGCUGAACCUGCGGCUGAUCCUGGUGAGCGGGAAGACGGAGGAGUUCACCUUCUCCCCCAGCGACUCCGCGGCUGACAUCGCCAAACACGUUUACGAGAACUGGCCAAUGGACUGGGAGGACGAGCAGGUGAGCAGCCCCAUCAUCCUGCGACUCAUCUACCAGGGCCGGUUCCUGCAUGGCAACGUCACGCUGGGAGCUCUGAAGCUUCCUCCUGGGAGGACCACAGUGAUGCACCUGGUGGCCCGCGAGACGCUGCCUGAGCCGAACUCCCACGGUCAGAGAAACCGUGAGAAGACUACAGAGAGCAGCUGCUGCCUGCUUUUGUAAACCCCCCCCCCCCCCCCUAAUCCCUCUACCCCUUUACCCCCCCCCCCCCCUUCCACAGACGGACUUUCCUUCUCGAACCUUUCUCCAUCCGAAGCGCUCAGAAAACAAGGAAGACUGUCACUACAAAACCAGUGACUGUCUCUGUGGACACAAACGAGAACUUAAACAAAAAAUCCCCCAACUAAUAAUUAAUUAUAUGAACAUAUAACUUUAUUUAAACAAAUCCUUCAUCAUUUUAUACCUAGAUGUGCUGAACGGCUUCCACAAGACGAUCUACCCCCCCCCCCCCCCCCCAAAACUACUGCGGUGGCAAGUGUUGUAUUGAAGAGAGAAAGGAUCCGGACAUCAUAAAGCAUUAUUUUUUUAUUUUUAUUUCUGCAGAGCAGAGAGCAUGCUAUGUGAACUUUAUUUUUUGUUGUGAAACAAAGCUGUUCUUUAUUUUGACCCCCCCCCCCCAACUUCUCCAGCAGGGGGCAGAAGGGGAAUCAUAAUCAGUGGCUUAUUACAGACUGCGACCAUGGCCUGCUUUCUUGGAUGGAUUUGAAGAAACGGGAACCCAAGCCUUGCUUUGGAUAUAAAUAAACACAAAGGAGCCAGUGAGGUAGAAUGGGUCCAGGGUGUUACAGCCAAGUUUCUUUUCUUUGCAUGUUGGGGGGAGCUCAAUCAUUCGGUGCCAAGCGUUUUCACACUUUGCCUCCCAGAUGAUCACUGCGAUGAUGCCAAACUCUGCAGAGUGGCCUGUGCUUGUGAAGAAGUACCAAUGAAAAGAAAAACACAAUGCCUUUGUGAUUUUUAAAAUUAAACUGGACCAAGAAAUAAAAAACUAGAAGAAGAAAAAGUUCCUGGCCUAAACGAACGUCUGAUUUAUCUGCUAAAUAACAAUGCAGCCCUGUAAUCCCAGUGUCCCGUGCCAGCUGCUUUUAAACUAGUUAUGUGUCUGCGGUGCCAGAACUCUCCACGGCCUGUCUGCUUCUUGAUAUACCUCUCUGUGUAUAAUGAGCACUUCCCCCAGUCCAUACUGUUGCAUUGAAGGAAGGUAUUAAGGCAAAUAUGCCUUUGCAUACAAUACAAAGCCCAUUUUCCUACUUUCCUGGGUCAAGAAGUUUCCUGCACAUGCAGCCCAUGAUUAGAACAACUCGAUAAAAGAAUUUGCAUUUUAUGGAACAGAUAUGGGACACGCAAGGACCUGAACUGUACUGAUGUUAUAAAUCUAAAAUACUAGUUUGUCAUGAAAAAGGGGCUUUUUUUUUUUUUUUUUUUUUUUUAAUCGAUUAAAUAAGCCUAAAACUGUCAGGCAUGGUGCAGUAUAUUGUAAUCCUGAAGUAAAAUUGGUCCAAGCAGCUAAUCUGCCUGUCAGAAAAAACCUAUCGAUUUGGUUGUGGAGAACAAAUACGUGGUUAUUCGCAUAAAUAACGGGGUGGGUGAGAGACAUGAUGCGGCAGAUUCAGUGUUUCUGUACAGAUGUAAAUUAUUUAAGAGACAUACAGCUUGGGGUAACUUGUGCCUGCAGUGUGCUGUGUGCAGAAUCAGAGUUUAAGUGAUAGGGGAAUCUAAGUAAUCGCAGAGACCUGGUGGGUAAAGUGUGAGUGCCAGGUGUCCUUCAGAAAUGGGGACUCUUCUAUUUAAGCAGCACAGAAGGGGCUUUGUUCUAAUUUCUUUUUCUGCCUUCAUGAUCGUACUCUCGGUGGAACUGGCUCGUUUCAUUCAUGCUUAUCUCUGACAUGGUCUCAGGAAAGUUCCAGGGUUCCCCCAGAGUAGAUCUCUACAGGUAGCAGCAAGUCAAACAGUGGAUUCAGGUGUUGCCCUGUGUGUGCCCUGCUCCGAAGGGUAAUAAAACAAGUGAGGGGCAUUUAUAUUUUUACGGGUCACAUUAGCAUAGGUUCUCAGAAGUCAGAUUUUUCUAUUUAACUUCUUGUUUUCCAAACUUUUGACUGGUGAAACCGUUCUUUUCCUGCCAACACAGCACUACAGGUUCACUUCCUUUGUGACAACCAAUAGGACCCCACCUGCUGCUAUGGGAAAGGAUGUGGGGCUGAAGGGGUCCUAUUACCUGUCCCAUGCGAAGUCUAGCAGGGAAAAGGGGAUUCACGGAAGAGAGAAUGAAUUUAGGAAAAUAAAACGAUUAACAGCAGUCUAAGGGCUUGAGAGAAUGUAUUGCUAAUGAGUUUAACUGAUCAGCUCAGUGUAAGAACCCACUUCAAGGCAUGCUCAGUUUGGCUGGUCAGUGGAGAAAUUCGCGCUCUGAGCCACUCGCUAACUUAACGCACCCAGUGUGUGUUUUUUUAAUUUUAUAAUAAACCUUGGCUUUUGUCCCUCUCUGUGAUAGCCGUGUACUAAAGCAGUUAGCCUAAAUACCUUUCCUUAGCUUAGCAAGCCCAAAACAGAAACGGGCAUGCUUAAGACAUAAACUUAGUUAUAACUAGUCAUAGUUUAAUACUCUUGUGUAAUUCUCUUAAUCGCUAGUGUUUACUCUCUGCAGUCGCAGUCAUAUUUUUAUUUUUGCUAAGAAAGUAAAUGACUGUGAUAAAACACUAACAUGCAUAGCUUUAUGUACAGCUACGGAAGCAGAUCAUUAAUUGACUACCUGUAUUGGCAUUCGGAUGUGUAGCAGCAUCUUCUGCAGUUGCAAAUCACAUGUGCAAUAAAAAAUAAAGUAAUGGAAGAAGAGCUUUUUUUGUGGCCAGCAACUGCACUGGUAUUGGUCAUGGCUUCCCUGCAGCUACAAGUAAAUGAUGUAGAAUUUAGUUUCUGCUAAUGCAAGCGACUCCCAGCAUUGUUAGUUCAAAUCCCUGCCACAUUAAUAGUUUGCUCCCGUGCUACUUCUGGUAAAUGUUGCUGUUUUUUACUUUUAAACCUGCUUUGUACUGUAGUCCAGGAAGCAGGCUUCUUGCAGCAUCUUAACGGUUGAGGUAAAAUGAGGAUGUGGUUGUAAUAAAUCUACUGGCAGGCUUGUUGCUGUCUGUGCACCUUGAGAUCCGAAUGCAGGCGAGGGGGAUCUGUUUGUCUUGUACUGAAGAGAAUCAGUGUUUUAACAGUCAGUGUUACUAAAGGUCUACUGCACAGUUAUUCAACAAAUCACAUUUGCAUUGCGCUUGCCAGUCUCCCACCUGGAAUUGCUGUGUGCAUGGUCUAAACGUAUCAACUACUAAACAAACAAACACAAUACACCGUGCAUUUGAUGCAAGGAGCUGACGCACCUUCGAAUACCACUUGAGUCUAGCGGACAGAACCCUUCAUUUCUAAAUGACAUGUUAAAAGGCUUCAAUUAUAUGUUGCCUCAAUAGCAACUUUUGAUCUCGUCCUUUGCUGAAAAUCUUUAGAUUUCAGGUUUGUUCAAGCACUGCUCUAUGCAGCUGAUUUCUAUAUCCUGGUACAUCAGAGCUGGACUGAUCUGAUGAAAAGGUCUCAUCUCAAAGCAUCAGUUUAGACUUUAGCAAUGUAUAGUGUUGUAAUGGAAAAACCUGCAAGUAAAAGCAAUGCUAUAUAAAGACCUUUAGCACAGCAAUAGGGAAGUGGUGAUAAUGCUUGUAGGAUAGAAAAUCGAUUUGAAAGUCCCUGAUUAUCGCUCCACUAAGGGGGAGAUUGCAGGGCUGCUGUCUGUAACACUGCAAGGAACAGAGCCAAAUGAAUAAUCAUUGAUGUUCUGCAUUAGUCUGGUGUUGUAUUAAAAAGCAGCCCUGUUAUCAUGCCAAAAACUGUUGGCAAGUGUGAUGUGCAAGUUAUUUCAACCCAGAUUUAACACUGCAGUCUGGCGGCAAGCCUCACUUUUAAUAUUGAAAUGCGUUCUUGUUAGUGUCGGUCAUUUUGUCCUUAAUAUUCGUGUUUUAUUUGUUAUGUUAAACAUGGAAAUAUUAUAAUUAUAAAUUCUAAAUAGUAUUUUUAUUCUUUGUCUGUAUCCUGUUUUUUGUAUUCUUUUGGUUUAAGUUUGAAAUUACUGCUUAUCCACAGUGAAAAAGAUCAAUUUUGAAGAAGUGAAGUUGUGAUAUUGGUGCAGCUUUUAAUAUUAAGACGAGGGGGCUGCCAACCGCUACUAAAGCUUGUUGUGAACAGCCAUCCACUGGUAACAAAGACUUCAGUGUUUGUAAAUGAGUGCCAGCUGAUGACACGGCGAACAGUUUGUGUUGUAAAUAAAAUCUACAAUAAGAAAUGGUCUGCUUUAAGCUUGUAUUCUAAAUGAAUAAAUAACAAUCAGUUUCACAGGGA